CGAGGCGGGUGGACCUAUGUGCUCGGGAAUCGUUUCCAAUCCCUCCUGUCUCUCCUCUUCUUUCUUCUCCUUCAACAAGCUCUCUGAAACUCCGACCCCUUAAAAACAUGGCACCCAAGAAGAUUGAACCCAAAAAGCCGGAACCCAAAAAACCAGAGCCCAAAAAAGAAGCAACGCCACCCGCUACGAAACCCGCACCGCCUCCCGAGGCCGAACCCGAACCCCCAAAAGAACCCCCGUUCGACCCGAAAAGCAUCACCAUCGAAUACACGGCGGACCAGAUCGAGGAGUUCAAAGAGGCGUUUACUUUGUUCGACCGCACGCCAACCGGGGAGAUGAAGAUCACCUUCGGCCAGUGCGGAGACGUGAUGCGAGCUUUGGGACAGAACCCGACCAACGCCGACGUGCUCAAAGUCCUGGGGAAACCGGCGCCGGAAGACAUGAGCACGAAAAUGGUGGACUUUGAGACCUUUUUGCCCAUGCUCCAACACAUCUCCAGAGCGAAAGACCAGGGGAAUUUUGAGGAUUUCGUUGAGGGGCUGAGAGUUUUUGACAAGGAGGGCAACGGAACCAUCAUGGGGGCGGAGCUGAGGCACGUCCUGGCGACGCUGGGCGAGAGGAUGACAGAGGACGAGGUGGACAGAUUGAUGGCGGGACAGGAGGACGCAAACGGGUGCAUUAAUUACAGCUCUUUUGUUAAGCAUAUUCUCUCCGGUUAGAUGGGAAACACAUCCACGGGACUUGGAACGACUUGAAGAAAUAUGGGAAAUAUGGACUGAAAAUAUAUAGAUACCACGAAGUCAGAAGCGCACGGGAAAGACGAAAUAAAAGAAUAAAUACUUUGGGAAAA